UGUGAAUAAAGUGUUUCAGUUUGAACAAGUGCUAAAUAACACUAACACUUAAUUGAAGUUAAGUUAGACUGUUAUACAAAUCAGCAAUAUAUUAAGACAGUCAUUAACGAAACAUCAUACUGUGCGAGUAAAGUGUUUCAGUCUGAACAAGUGUAAAUAAAGUGCUAAAUAACACUAACACUCGAUUGAGGUUAGGUUAAACUAUUAAACCUCUAUCUUGAGUGUUAAGUCAUUCAAGGUACGCGAUAUCAACCGAUCUGUUUGCUAUUUAGUCGGUAAUUCGCAAGAUCUUUACCAUGAGUAGAAAUAAUUACAAAGAAGUACGAGUAAAGAGAGAACGUUCGCCAGAAUGGGGUAAACCUAAUGUUAGCGCGAAACGUAAACCAAUACAGGAAAAAGAAAAACCAAAUUUCGGAUUGUCUGGAAAACUAACAGAAGAUACAAACACUGUAAAUGGUGUGGUUAUUAAAUAUUCCGAACCUGCAGAUGCGAGGAAACCUAAACGAAGAUGGAGGUUAUAUCCGUUCAAAGAAGACAAAGCAUUGCCUGUCUUGUAUAUUCAUAGAGAAUCAGCUUAUUUAAUGGGCAGAGAUCGCAAAAUUGCGGAUAUUCCCUUGGAUCACCCUUCAUGCUCUAAGCAGCAUGCAGUUCUACAAUAUCGUUUAGUACCUUUUAAAAAAGAAGGUGGAGGCGAAGGAAAAAGAAUUUGCCCUUAUCUUAUAGACCUAGAGUCUGCAAAUGGUACAUUUGUAAAUAAUGUAAAAUUAGAACCGAGAAGAUACCACGAAUUAUUAGAACGGGAUGUGAUUCGUUUUGGAUACAGCACCAGAGAAUAUGUUUUAUUACACGAACAUAGUAAAGAUGAUUCGUUGGAUGAUUAACUAUUUCAAAUACAUCUGCUGCUUCUUCUACUGUGAUUUUAAUUGGAAGAAGGUUCGAAAAAGCAGUUAUGACACAUAAUCACAUAGCUGUUAAGGUAUCGCUUACCACUGUAGCUAAGGCUAAUUUGUGAUUAUCCUUAAAUAGUACAAUGUAAGAUAUUAACUAGACUGAUGUAAAUAAUAUUUUUUACAUUUUAUCUAAUUAGAAAUAUUUUGUAAUAUGAAUUAAUUGUAAUAAGUCACUUUUGUAAAAUAUAUGUAAUAUUGUAAAUCUUGGGGUGAUUGUAAAUC